AUGGUUUUGGACAGCGCGUAUGCGCGAUCUGCAGACGAGGUGCUGGCGCACUACCGGACAGACCCCCGCCAGGGCCUGUCGGCGGCGCAGGUGGCCGAGGCGCGGCGGCGGCACGGCUGCAACGAGCUCGCGCCAGAGCCAGGCACCCCAUUUUGGAAGCUGGUGCUGAAGCAGUUUGACGACCUGCUUGUCAAGAUCCUGAUAGUGGCUGCGGUGGUGGACCUGGUGAUUGCGCUGGCCAGCGGGGAGAGCGGGUUUGGCGCCUUUGUGGAGCCCUCUGUCAUCAUGCUGAUCCUCGUGGCUAAUGCGACGGUGGGCGUGGUCACAGAGACCAACGCCGAAAAGGCUAUAGAGGAGCUCAAGGCGUAUGAGGCGGAUGUGGCCACAGUGCUGCGGGACGGGCGCUGGACGGUGUUGCCCGCGGCAGAGCUGGUGCCGGGGGACAUUGUGGAGGUGGGGGUGGGCGGCAAGGUGCCCGCAGACACGCGCGUCACCGAGCUGCUCAGCAGCACGCUACGCAUCGACCAGGUGGGGCCUGGUCCAUCCUGA